UCGAGGGGAGUCGAGCGGAGUCGAGUCGAGUCGAGUCGAGUCGCAAGUCACCUCCGCUCACCUCACGGCGUGCUCGACUUCAGUCCGCGCUCGAGUCGUGCACCACGGAACACGCGAGAGUCAGCCGGGGCCGGCUGCCGCGACCGAGUUGGACGCACGCGCCCGAGCCAUCGAUAGAGAUCAACGAUAGACAGGACCGCACGUUUCGACCUGGAUCACGUUGUCCGUAGAUCGAUCGUGAAAUUAGAACGGUUAGGAAACUCCAAUAGGAAACUUUAAUUACAUCGGGGUACGCGCUAGAUAGAUCCAAAGGGACAAAAUAGACAAGUUUUUCGUCGAGUUUCGUCAGGAUUCUCUAUGGAGGUACUGGAGGCAGGAGUGGUGGCGUGAAUCUCGUGACAACCGGCUAAAUCGACGCACAACGCGCUCGAAAUCACUAACGCCGUUGUAUUAUGUCACACUCCCACGCGAGCGACGGCCGCCGCAGCCGGUGCGACGGUGAACCGAGCCAACGUCGUCGUCGUUUGACAUUUCCAAGAGCGUGGAGAGGUUAACGCGAACCUGGGUGUUCGUACACCGUUCGUGCCGUUAUUUUGUGCACGCAUCGAGCCAGUGUUAUGCUACGUCGCGAUCAUAUCGUCAUCUUUAUCAUCGUCGUCGUCAUCAUUGUCGUCAUCGUGAUCAUGGUCAACGGGUGACAAACCAGCCUCGAACUCGUGAUACAGGAGCGUGUAGAAGAUUCUCGUAUCAUCGGAUCUCAGUGACUUCUCUGGUGACUUAUUGCUUGCGAAUAAAAGAACGUCCUGGUGUUUCGUUUACGCCGCCGUGUACGUGAAUAAAUACGUACGAGCGCGUGACACGCGUGGCUGUCGAUCGUAAGUACUCACCGAUCGCUUCGUGAAAUCGUGAAAGAGAUCGUCAAUGUUGGACACGGUAGCCAGGAGAUAAGACUUCGUUGGUGUUCCUUUCGAACCAACACAGUGGAGUUCUUCGAGGCACCGGUGCGAAGUUAGAAGAUUCUAACGUAAAUCGACAAGGUUAAACAACGCAUAUCAUACAGGGAACAUCGAGGAAACUAUAAGCAGCAUCCUGUACCAGAGGAAAGAGCGAGGAAGAUCGUCGUUUUAGAUCUUUCUUUGUCGUCGAAGAUCGCGAUUCGAGUGUAAUGUUUAAAGUCUCGGGACGAGAAACAGAUGAUAAUCACGCGAGUGCGUCUUGUUGCGACUUACGUUGUUCAGAUUCGCUUGUAAUCGACGAGACGAAGAAGUGAAUCGGGUACAUAUAUGAUAUUCAAGUAAGAAACGGAGGACCAAAAAAAGGACAGUGUCAUAACGCGUGUGAAAUGGAUGGUACGCCAAAGAAAAUCGAAGCAGUGUUAAUAUAUGGAUGCCCAUGGGUGGAAUUUGGCCGAAAUGUGCCAGCGCUACCAUCACGCUGUACCAGCAGCCCAAAAUUCUUCGCCAGCUAGGGAUCCCUCAGCUGCCAUCGUGCAAGGCUUGUCAACGGCUACGCACAUCGAGCAGGCCAGCCCUUCUUAUUCCCAUUACACGAUGCUGGAUAAUUAUGACAGGGGUGAGGUGACACCACCACCGGUCAGCAGUUAUGGCGGAUCCCCUGGACUCUUGGCACUUCAUUCCUCGCUUUAUGCGACUCCUACGUCGAGGGCCUACGACAUCGAGUCGAACAUCGACGGCAACGACAGUUCCAUGCCCAUUGACACCCAAAUCAUUUCGAUACCAGGAAUGUUGAGCGGUCCAGUGCAACAGCGACUCGAGGACAUGUCCUGGCUGGCUUCCGGUCCGUCGCUGGAGUAUCAACAAGGCAUCUCGCCGAUUCCCGCGGGAGUGAAGAUGUGCCAUCCAGGCAGCACGGCCCAGAGGAGCCUGAAGGAGCAACGGAUACGUCGCCCGAUGAACGCGUUCAUGGUCUGGGCAAAGGUCGAGCGCAAGAAAUUGGCCGACGAGAAUCCUGAUCUCCACAACGCCGAUCUCAGCAAGAUGCUCGGGAAGAAAUGGCGAGGGUUGACCCCGCAGGACAGAAGGCCGUACGUGGAGGAAGCCGAGAGACUGAGGGUCAUACACAUGCAGGAACAUCCGAACUACAAGUACAGGCCACGGCGUAGGAAACACGCGAAACGGGCCCCAGGGGCGCCGUCCUCUCCUCCGUCCGCGACCAACACCACGGUCAAUAGGUCCAACCCCUCUGGUACCACGAUUCAUCAUUCCAUGUCCAAGAUGGACAGUUAUCAAGGCAUUCCUCAGAUCCCGUGGGGCGGACAUUCCCCGAUCUCAUCCCUGUAUCACCAGCAGCAGCAGCAAGGUAUUCAGGAGUACAAAUCGGAGAGCAAUUCCUUGUACGGUAGUCCUUAUACGCCUAUCAUUCACACACCGGACAUAUCUCCAGUUGCCAGUCCCGAGCCAGAUGGUGACGGAACGCAUUUGCCAUCCAAUCAAAAUCCAGAUCCUGAACGUGAUCUGAUGGAGGGUUCGUCGAAGCAGCACGGCGAAAUGAGCGAGCAAACGAAACGGUACACUUUCAUGAGUACCGAUAAUCAGCUGCACACGGGUCAUGCUGGUGGUACUAGCAUAUCGUCGUGUCAGAAUUCUGGUGCUUACACAGAUACUCUGACUUACAAAAAAUCGGUGAGUUACUUAAAUUUCGAGAGACAGCCGUCGAGCAUAGCCGCGGUUGGUAUAGCGAACGGGAUGAUGGUAUCGUGCAAUAAAUUGCGCUCUGGAUUUGAAAAUGUUGGCUCUGUGACGGGGACUUUUUAUCCGCCAGUCGCAUCCCCGCAUGAUCAAUCGUUGCAGCACUACACGAACACCCAAUCCUCGAAGACUGCCAACUAUUCGAUGCAGUCCACUGUUGAGAGCAACUAUAAUCCUGUUCAGUGUGCCAAUCGACAACAGUCCAUGGGGAUUCGCGGAGCCGCUGAAGGUUGUUCCGGUGUAUCCCACCGGUACCAAAUGAGUCAUCACCAGGAGUACCAAACGGAGGGAACCAGCGCUGGCCAACAGCAUCCGAUUCUGGGUCAUAUGGAGGCAGCGAUGGCCACCACCGCCGAAGAAGAACAGCAACAGACGUUACAGUUGGAGAAGUAUUUCAAAUACUCGCAUCCGACCAACGUGGCGCAUACCAGCCUCACCUCUCAGAAUCUCCUUGACAGCAAUCAUAAUUACGCCAGUGAUCUUCGUUACUACACGCCCCAGCAGACGCAGCUGGACAUGUCGAACUCUCAGUGCAUCGUCGACGAUCAAGCCAAGGAUGCUCGAUGCUCGAACGUGGCCAUAGGCCAUGCGAUGGAGCAGUACCAUCAGGCCAUGGAUGUGGCCAAGUAUCCGGAACACCAACAGCAACAGCAGCAGCAACAGCAACAGCAACAACCGCAACAGACUCAACAGGGUCAGCAAUCGCAGAGUAUCGAGCAUGUUUCGAAGGCGGACGACGAUUUCAGUGUAAUACUUGCCGACGUGCGCAAGACUUGUUACAGUAGCUAGUGUUUCAACUAGAUCAGAGCUGUCUGUAGGAGAAUACUGAGAAACUUGGUGUUCCUUGUUUCGCCAUUGAUUUCUUGCGGUCGGGUGUUAUAGGCCUAAUCUUUAAUGUAAAGAAAUCGAAUUGUUUGGUUGUUGGUAUAGUAAGCAUUGCAAGCAUUGAUUACUCAAGGCUGAUGAACCUUAAUACUUAACUAGAGGUAUAAAGAUGUAUUAACCUUUUGUCGUCAAAUAUUGUCGCAGUGGGUACAUUUAAAAUUUGUCUUCAAAGCCGAAUAGCUCUGCUAUAACGAUGGUAAAUAUUUAUUGCUCCGAUUAGUUGGUACCGCUCCAAAAAAAUGCAAAGAACACAAAGGAUUAACAUGUGGAUGACGCUACGUUGGCACCACAGUCUGCUUGCUUUCGGAGACAGAUGACACAGUGACACCAUAUUAGUGUCAUCAACGAAACAGAAAAUUUCAGUCACAUUGAGUGGCUACCACUUUGCUGCUCCAGACAAUAUAUGAAAUACAUUUAUAUGUAAUAGAUAAUGUAGUAAAUACCUAAAUGCAACAAUAGAGGUAGGAGAAAUGUGAUUUGUUUAAAGAAAAAAGGAACAUCCUUGAGUACUUAAUAUUUGUUUCUACUAUAGUGAAAGAAGUCACUCCCAUAGACAGCUCUAUCUUAGAUAAUCUGUUUGAUAUUGGCGAUCUAGCCCUUAUGGCUGCAGAGAAGAGUUAGGUGCUAACGUUUUUAAAGAAUCCGGUGCUUAUACACAUUUCUGUACACACUUCCGGUGCUAAUGCUCUUGAUCAGGAGGUGUGGUUGCAAGAUUACAAAGAAUUGAUAAUAGAUUAUUGUUUCUUGUUGUUUAAAAUAGCUAUUUUAUAUAGCUACUUUAUUUACUCUUUUUAGCUCUUUGCACUCGAAUGAAUAAUAACAAAUAUCAUGCAAAAUAGGUAUACUAACAUAUAUGUGCAUGUUUAGUUUCUCUUUAAUUCAA